UAUAGCUCUGGUGAAGCGGGAUCAGUGGGCAUGCGCACUGCGCAGGACGUGGAGAUGUGCACGCUGGAGCUCGACUGUAGUGCACACGCACAAAUGGACACUGACACGCAGGACGUUUGCCAUGAGGACUAUAUAAUGAACAGCACAGACCCCGAUCCGAAUGCAGAAGCUUAUAUGACCUUCAUGAAGAAACACUGUUGUUAUGAUGCGAUUCCCACCAGCUGCAAACUGGUCGUUUUUGACACCACACUGCCGGUGAAGAAGGCCUUCUUUGCUUUGGUUGCGAAUGGCCUGAGAGCGGCCCCUCUCUGGGACAACAAACUGCAGAGAUUUGUGGGUAUGCUGACAAUCACAGAUUUUAUCAAUAUUCUUCAUCGGUAUUACAGGUCACCUAUGGUUCAGAUCUAUGAACUGGAGGAGCACAAGAUUGAGACAUGGAGAGGUGAUUCAUUUCAAAACGUCUAUCUGCAAUAUCACGAUCAAUAUCUCAUCAGUAUCACGCCUGAUGCGAGCCUCUUUGAUGCCGUCUACUCUUUACUGAAACACAAGAUCCACAGGCUGCCGGUCAUCGACCCAGAGUCUGGAAAUGUCCUUCACAUACUGACCCAUAAGAGAAUCCUCAAGUUCCUUCAUUUAUUUGAAGCCGCAGUGCCCAAGCCACGCUUCUUGAACAUGCAAAUUAAAGAUGCAGGAAUAGGAACUUUCACAGAAGUGGCCACGGUCUCACAGACGGCCACUGUGUACGAUGCCCUUUCUGUGUUUGUUGAGCGACGUGUGUCCGCCCUCCCGGUGGUGGAUGACAACGGGAAAGUGGUUGCCCUGUAUUCCAGAUUUGAUGUGAUUAAUCUUGCAGCGCAGAAAACCUACAAUAACCUGAGCAUGAGCAUGCAGGAGGCAGUGCGGAGGAGGCGCUGUUAUGUGGAAGGAGUCAUUAAAUGUUACCCUGACGAGACUUUGGAGACUGUUAUUGACAGAAUAGUCAAGGCAGAGGUCCAUAGGCUGGUGCUUGUGGACAGAGAUGACGUGGUUCGGGGAAUAAUCUCUCUCUCAGACCUGCUGCAGGCUAUAGUCUUAUCUCCAGCAGGUAUUGAUGCUCUGUUUUCCUAACCUGAGAGGAUAUGUUUUCUUCUGUUCCCUCAUCUAACCAGCACUAGUAUCCAGGUAGGCUUUACUCUGCCUUCCUAGCCUAGCUUUGCCAACACAUGCAUUGCUACUGCAUACAGUACUAGUCAAAGGUUUGCACACACCUACUCAUUCUUUAUUAGGACUAAAGUAAAGUCAUCAAAACUAUAAAAUAACAUACAUCGAAUUAUGUAUUGAUCAAAAAAUGUUAAAUGAAUUACAAUUUUUUUUUAUCUGAGGUGCAU